AUGCCUUUGGCGCAUCCUCCGUGCUCGGUCUGUAUUGAGCUCAACGGCUUGCCUUAUGGCUGGAUGCUCCUGCCAGCCUUGAGCGUGAAAGGAGAGCCGUUCCUUUCAGUGGCACCAAGGCACUCGCGACCAUGUGCCUGGCAACCACGCGGCUCAUUCGUUGGGAGCAAAAUUUGGCCGUUCUGUUUGCUGGCAUCAGCCACUGGACGCAGACAUUCAACGAGACGAAAGCAGGCCAUCAAUUGGAAGGAGCUGGCGGAGCGUGCCGAAGAAGUUAUGGAGCGCAUCUAUGACCCCCAACCGUCACCGGAUGAGAUUCUGGCACUUCAAGAUGAGCUGGGAAUUAUCGCCAUUCUUCAGGAUGCAGGGAUCAGCUCUGAAAGACGAAAGGAGAUGGAUGCGCGACAUGCCAAGAUCAGUUGGUAUGAGCAGCUCUUCCAGGAAACUCGCACUGCAAGACUUGCUGGAACUCCUGAGCCAGAUGUGGACUGGAGUUUGAUUGCCCAGCGCAUCAACAAGCGCUUCAAAUACAAACCUGGUUUGGAUGCGUUCACUCCAGAGCACUACGCUUCCUAUGAAGACUGGUUCUUGAGGAAGCUAUCAGUGACGAUGCAUCAGAAGUGCUUGGCACAAGCGGGGCUGGCAGAUGUUUGUGCACCAGUACAGGGCAAACUAUGGCCACAGGUGCUGAGCGGCGAGAUCACCCUGAAGGUCUCAGUGAUCGCGGUGGACGAGCUGCUGAAGCUGCUCCCGGAAAGCUGCAGCCUGCUGCAGCUUCGGCUCCGGUGGCCGGAUUAUCACCGUGUCCACAGCCCGGUGGAUGGCAGCAUCCAGUGCAUGAAAGUGUAUGAGAAAGAUGAGCUCUUUCCUGGGGCAGAGUCGAUGUCAAUCUUUGAUUUUAAAACUGGCUUUGGACUAGUGCAUCUUCUUUGUAUUGGCGAGUGGUCCGUGCAAAGUUUUCGGGCCAUUGUUUCUGCCGGGCAAAAGGUGCGAAGGAUGGAUGAGAUCGGCCACUUCGAUUUGGGGUCACAGGUCAUCCUGGCUUUGCCAAAGCGUCUCCGAAUCCUUCCAAAGGAAGGUAAGAAGGCACCGGACAAGGUCAGCAAAGCGAAAACUGUGAAGAAGCGAAAAUCGGAUUCUGACCAGAGCGCACCGCAGGACACCAAAAAAAGAAAGGUGAAGAUAAAAGUAGCUGGCAAGAAAGUGAAGCUCAAGAAGCUGGUCUCAGGUGACAAGACCGGCAAAGGAAAGACUUUGAAGACUAAGAAACUCAGAAAGGUCUCAAAGAAGUCAUUCCAGAAGCAAACCGCCCGUGUGGUGUGUCCGGGGAGCUUGACUGAACGCUUUGUUGCCUGUGGAAGAGCCACAUCGCACAGUGCUUUAACCGCCUUUGAGCGGGGCUUGCUGGCCACUGGACCAUUGAGUUGGCGCUGGCUGCGGGAACAGGAUGAAGAUCUCUUGCCACCCAAGAUGCGGCCUGUGGAGGCGGACCACGAGGGCCAUUCCCAGGCCUUGCGCGAAGCCUGUCGCCUGAAAUCUGCCAAAGAUGCAGAGAGGCUGCAGGGUUUGGACGCCAUGUUGGAAACGGAUGGGCUGUGGCCACGAUGUCCGGCACGUGUGACCGUGGCUGAUCGCUUGCAGAGCCCCAAGGGUUUGAAGCGGCGAUGUGAGCGAUACCUCAAAGAGGCGAUUGUCCCGCUUGCUGAUGAGCUUGUCCUGAAGACUGCGUCCGCAGAGUCCAGCAGUUCGCAAGCCUUGAAGCAGGCUCACCAGCUGGUGACGAGCUGCGCACACGCUUGGAGGGAGGCAGCUUGGACUCAGGAGCCAGCGGAGGCAUCCAGUGCAAAGAUGCUUCACCGGGCAUGGUUACACAUGUUGCACCGCUCCUUGGCUGGCAAGGACGAAGAGCAUGUACCAGGGCCCUGGCAAAGCUGGCUGACGACUCUUCGCCAGGUGCAGUUGGCUCGGCUUUGCCCUUACCUGGAUACUGAAGCGCAGACGAGGUUGUUGCGCUCCAUUGCGCUGUCAUCUCCAACCAUGCAACAGGAGGUUGAUUCGGCUCCAGUGGUGAUUCCCUUGGGACUUUUCACCUUUUGGCAGGGCCUCGUCUUGGUGGCCUUGGCACGACGUCAGGGGCGACAUGCUUUGGUGGUGCGCCGACAUGCCGCUGGAGCACCUGAGGUGCUUUUCCGAACAUCCUCCGUGGUUCUCAGCGCGACUGGAUGA